AUGGUGGAUGAAGGAAGAAGAACAUUUGGAAGUCUUGCUACUCCAGAAGCUGUGCAAGCAAUUCGAGCGACCACUGAUUAUGCCUCAGAUGCCAAAUCUGAGCGUAUGGCUAUAGACCCAAUACAUGGUCAACAGGAUGCUCAAGUUCUCGCUGAGUUCGAAAGAAGAAGGAAAGCAAGAACUCUUACUCUGCCAACUGAUGAUGUGCAGGUUAAACUGCGUCUCCGAAGAUUGAAUCAGCCCAUUUGCCUUUUCGGAGAAGAUAUUCUUGAUAGACGCGAACGACUGAGAGCUAUUCUUUCAACCUUAUCAGAAGAUCAGGUCACGGCUAUAUUACACACAGAUGAAGCAUAUGUUGAAAAACCUGAUGAAGAAACAACAACGUGGUAUCAUAGAGGCCCCCCAUCCUUGCGAGCUGCUAGAGUAGCCAUAGCUGAUUUUUCUUUGCGGAGAGCGAAAGCAAGGUUGGAAUCGGCGCGCGAAGAGCUAACUAAGCCUUCUCAUGAAAAAGCUUUGGCUCGUCAAGAAGCCCAUAAAUGGGUGCAGCAGUUGAACUUACAUGCUUCGCAAGUUGCUGACAAUAGACCAGUUGCGUUUUGUGAAUUCUCACCGGAUUCAGAGCACAUAGUUACGGCAGGGUGGUCAGGUCAACCAUGUUUAUGGAAAAGGGAAACAUGCGCCCCAGUGAUGAGAUAUACCGGUCAUCAAUCGCAAUGUGGUUGUGCACGUUUUCAUCCCGGAGCGUUUGUUGCAAAUGAUCCAUCAACUUUGAAUGUAGCGUCCAGUGGUCAUGAUGGAACUGUUUAUUUGUGGUCACUGGACCAGGAGACCCCGUUAGCUCAACUUGAGUCUCAUCCUGCACGUGUAUCUAGAAUAGCUUUUCAUCCAAACGGUCGGCAUUUGGCCACAGCUUGCUUUGACAGCUCAUGGAGAAUGUUCGAUGUGGAGACUGGAGAAGAUCUCUUGUUCCAAGAAGGGCACGCCAAGUCCGUGUCCGAUGUAGCAUUCCAAUGCGAUGGAUCUGUCGCUCUAACAGCUGGCCAUGAUUGUUACGGACGUGUCUGGGAUAUGCGAACCGGGAGAUGUAUUAUGUUCCUAGAUGGGCAUACGAAAGAGAUUCAUGCUGUUGAAUGGAUGCCUAAUGGAUAUGAAAUGGUAACAGGUAGCGCGGAUAAUUCUCUCAAGAUUUGGGAUUUGCGCAUGAGGAAAUGUACAUAUACAAUGCCAGCACAUACCAGCGUAGUAUCCAGAGUUCGUGCAGACAGUAAAGGACAGUACAUCAUAUCCAGCAGUUUUGAUUGUACCUUGAAGUUGUGGUCCGCUACAGGAUGGCAGCCUCUUCGUCAAUUGCAAGGACAUGAUACGAAAAUUAUGUGUGUUGACAUUAGUCCAGAUGGCAAAUGGAUCAUCUCUGCCGCCUUCGAUCGCACUUUCAAGAUUUGGUGUCAAUCAGAAUAUUGA